AUGAGUUCUAAAAAAAAUACAUUAGAAGCAGCACAAAGCUAUCAUGCCGAAGGGCGUCCAGGCAAAAUUGAAGUCGUUGCAACCAAACCCUGUACCACCCAGCGGGACUUAAGCUUAGCCUAUACACCAGGUGUUGCAGACGUCUGUCUAGACAUUGAGAAAGAAGUUGAUAAAGCCUUUGAUUAUACUGCGCGUGGUAACUUGGUAGCAGUUAUCAGUAACGGUACAGCAGUACUUGGUUUAGGCGAUAUUGGUCCACUUGCCAGUAAACCUGUUAUGGAAGGUAAAGCUGUCCUGUUUAAACGUUUUGCUGACGUUGAUGUAUUUGAUAUUGAAGUUAAAGAAAAGGAUCCUCAGCGUCUUAUUGAGAUUAUUGCCGCCUUAGAACCAACAUUUGGUGGUAUUAACCUAGAAGAUAUCAAAGCACCUGAAUGUUUUGAUAUAGAAGAUGCGCUCAUCGAGCGUUUAGAUAUCCCUGUUUUCCAUGACGAUCAGCAUGGUACGGCCAUUAUUUCUGCAGCAGCACUGAUUAAUGCUCUAGAGAUUGCAGGUAAAGAUAUUACAGCUAUCAAUAAGAUGGUUGUUAGUGGUGCCGGUGCAGCUUCUGUUGCCUGUGUGAAGCUUUUUAUGGAGCUUGGUUUACCAAAAGAAGCUGUCUGGAUGUACGACUCAAGAGGGUUAAUCCAUACAGAUCGUAGUGACCUCAAUCGUCAUAAACAAGAAUUUGCUCGUAGUGGCGAUAAUAUGAAAUUUGUUGAUGCGUUUCAAGAUGCGGAUAUUUUUGUUGGUGUUUCUAUUGGUGGUACUGUUACCAAAGAUAUGAUUCAAGCAAUGGCUUCAAAUCCUAUUGUUUUUGCCAUGGCUAACCCUGAUCCAGAAAUUCCUUAUCCAGACGCUAAAGCUGUGCGUGAUGAUAUUAUUAUGGCUACCGGUCGUAGUGAUUUUCCCAACCAAGUGAAUAACGUUUUAGGCUUCCCCUUUAUUUUUCGGGGCGCUCUCGAUGUUCGGGCACGUCGUAUAAAUACGGAAAUGAAGCUAGCCGCAGCCCAUGCCUUGGCCAACUUAGCGAAACAGACAGUUCCCGAAAAUGUUGUUCGUGCUUAUGGUGGUAAAUCGAUUUCUUUUGGUCGUGACUAUAUUAUCCCUAAGCCCUUUGAUCAUCGUGUCUUAUUAUGGGUGGCCCCUGCAGUUGCAAAAGCUGCUAUCGAUUCCGGUGUGGCUAGACAGACGAUUACCGAUUUUGAUCAAUAUCGUACACGUCUAGAAGGCAUGCUGGGACCUGCUAGAGAGUUGAUUCGUACGAGUAUUAAUCGCUCUCGCCGUCGAGAGACGAUGCCACGUGUUGUUUUUGCCGAUGGUGGUGAAACCAAUGUAUUAAUUGCUGUUGAGCAGGCGGUCCAAGAGGGAUUUAUUCGUCCUAUUCUGCUGGGUAACAAAGCGAGAAUUGAACAAAACAUAAAAAAACUAGAUCUAAAAAUCAAAGGCUUAGAAAUUAUUCAUCCAGACGAAGAUGGUCGAUUUCAAACAUUUAUUGACCAUUACUGGCAACGUAAACAGCGCCAAGGUAUCACAAAAGAUCGUGCCACAAAGCAACUAAGUAGGCGUAGUCACUUUGGUGCCAUGUUGGUAUCUCAGGGUGAAGCUGACAUUUAUGUUGCAGGCUAUACAGACCGUUACAGUGAAAGCUUACGGAUAGCUGAAGAUAUUAUUGGUCUCCGAGCAGGAGUACAGCGGCCAGCAGCAGUAACAGCAGUCGUCUACAAAAGUCGUCUGUUUUUGUUUGCCGAUACGGCUGUUAGUGUUGACCCAACUGCAGAAGAACUCGUCAACAUUGCUAAAUUUGCUGUUGAGCCGGCGCCACUUUUUGAUAUGACCCCUCGAGUUGCUUUUUUAAGUUUUGCCAACUUUGGCGCCUACGAUCAUCCCCAAGUAGACAAAGUUCGUCGUGCCGUAGAGCAGUUAGAGGCCGAAGGAGUUGAUUUUAUCUUUGAUGGAGAAAUGACCGUUGAUGUUGCUUUAGAUCAGACACUUAGAGAGUCUGUUUUUCCGUUUUCUAAAUUAGAAACCAAUGCCAAUGUUUUGAUCUUUCCCAACUUAGCUGCUGCCCAAAUGGCAACACAACUGUUAACCAAGAUAGGUGGUGCCGAAAUGCUUGGCCCUGUUCAUCGUGGCUUUAAUCGUACUGUGGUGAUGCUAUCUGCAGGGAUGGGGCCAACCGACAUUCAUAACCUAAUUGCUAUGGCCGCUGGCCAACAAGCAAUACAAUCUUAA